AUGGCCACUGGAGAUUUGAUAAUGGGGAUGAUCUACUUAUCACAAACUAUUACAGGAAUCCUGGGGAAUUUUUCUCUUCUUUCCCAUUAUCUCUAUCUCUACUUCACAGGAUGCAAAUUUAGAUCCAAUGAUUUGAUCAUCAAACAUCUGACUGUAGCCAAUUAUUUAUUCAUUCUUGUUAGAGGAGUCCCCCAAACCAUGACAGCUUUGGGGAUGAAGGAUUUCCUUAGUGAUGCUGGGUGCAAGCUUGUGUUCUAUGUACAAAGAGUGAGAAGGGAUAUGUCUACCUGCAGCACCUGCCUCCUAAGCAUCUCCCAGGCCAUCACAAUCAGUCCUGAGAAACCCAGGUGGGCAGAAUUUAAAGCAGAAUCUCCCAAAUACAGUGGCCCUUUCAUUAUACUCUUCUGGAUACUGAACAUGAUACUGAAUAUCCAAGUACGUCUGUACAUACGUGAGAGAAUAACUGACAAAAAUAUCACAGAGGAAGUUGAUCAUGUGUACUGUGUUUCUGUGAAUUCUGGAAAAUACGUAGAGUCCCUGUGUGCAGCUGUACUAUUUUUCCAAAAUGUUCUUCUUGUGGGCUUCAUGCUGUGGUCCAGCAGCUCCAUGGUUUUCACCCUGUACAGGCACAAGCAGCAGGUACAAUACAUCCAUGGAACCAAUGCCUCCUCCAGGUCCUCCCCAGUGUCCAGAGCCACCCAGAGCAUCCUCAUCCUGGUGUGCACCAUUGUGCCUUUGUGCACUCUCUCCUCCAUCUUUCACACUUGCCUGACUGUUCUGAAAAAUCCCAGUUUGUGGCUGGUGAACACCUCUGUACUAAUCCCUGUGGGUUUCCCAGCCGUGAGCCCCUACAUUCUCAUGAGCCAUGACUCCAGAGUGCCCAGACUCUGCUGUACCCCCAGAAGGGACAUGAAAUCUCCUGCUUACCAUGAGUGUGUCAACUGUAUAUGUAUUCACAAUGGUUAUAUCAUCAAUGGUUAUAAAAUUUAUUCAUUUACUUACAUACUUAAGGGGCAAAGACAGAACUAA